AUGUAAAACAAAACUCUAAUAAUUUGCUUAGUACUUUCAAAGAUUUUUGUUUCUGUAUUUUCAGCAGCAGGUGUUUAAGUUACUUGUAAAGGUGAUUCUAUAGCCAGUUGUACUAGUGCUUGUGGAACACCUAUAGUUUCAGGAGGUGGAACUUGCUCUUGGAAUGGAGGAUAGAAUUUGUCCACUUGCUAAAUUGCUGAUUGUAAUUGCAUAAAUUCAGGAACUGCAACUGGUUUAAAUGAUGCAUUUUGUAAAUCUUGUAUAGGAAGUUCCUAAACAAGCUUUGCUAAUGCUGCUGGUACUGCUUGUGUAGCUACUUCUGCUUCAUGCAUAAAUGACGACAGAUUAGAUACUAUGUGGAAUCUAAAUGAUUGCAUCCUCUGUAAUCCUGCUACCCCUGCAUUAGUUAGUUAAUUUUGUGCAGCUUGUAGUAGUAUAAAAUCAGGAUGGACUGAUGCAAAUUGUAAUGCUUGCGCAACAGCUGCUUCCCCUCCAACUAAAAAUGUUUAUGCAAAUAGUGCUGGUACUUCUUGUGUAGCUGCUUCUGCUUCAUGUAAAUCCACUUCCAGAGGAUCUACUGCUUGGACUGCUGCUGAUUGCGCUGCUUGUACUCCUACCACCCCUGCAUUGGUUAGCAGUGCUUGUGCAUCUUGUACUGGUAUAACUACUUGGGAUGAUGGAAAUUGCAAUUCAUGUGCAACAACUGCUUCCCCUCCAACAAAAAAUAUUUAUGCUAAUGGUGCUGGUAAUUCUUGUGUAGCUGCUUCUGCAUCAUGCACCACUGCCAACAGAUCCGGUGCUCCAUGGACUAUUAGUGAUUGUAUCCUUUGUAAUCCUAAUACCCCUGCAUUAGUUGGUUCUACUUGUACAGCUUGUAAUAGUGUAACUUCAGGAGAAUGGACUGAUGCAAAUUGUAAAGCUUGCGCAACAACUGCUUCCCCUCCAACUUAAAAUGUCUUUGCUAAUGGUACUUUUUCUUCUUGUGUAGCUUCUUUAUAUUCAUGCAAUCAAACUUCCAGAGGUUCUAACAAAUGGACUGAUCGUGACUGUGCUCUCUGCAAUGGUACUGCUAGUAAUGCUAAUCAAUAUGCCUCUGCUGAUGGUUCUUCAUGUCAAUCUACAUAGCUUUCUACAUCAAGUACUUUCAGUGGGUAGAUCUUUGUUAGCACUUUGUUAGUUUUAUCCUCUUUGUUAAUUUGA